UGAUCAGACUCUUUGUCGCUCUUUGUGCUCUUUUUUCUCUCUUCACAGCUGUGAAAACUUCUGACAUCAAGGAGAUUGACGUGAUAACAGUAAAGCAUGGAGGAGAUGUAACUAUGGAGUGUAGCAAUAGCAGUGUCAUAAAGAAAGAUAUUGUAGUUUGGUACAGACAGAUUUCAGGAAAAUUACCUCGUUUUAUUGCAAAACCAUACAAGAACAAAUUGGGCUACAAAUUUGCUCCAGGAUUUAAUGAUACACGUUUCAGUUUUAGUGUAAAUGACAGUAAAUUUGAUCUCAAUAUUAAAAAAACAAGAGAAGAUGAUAAAGGAGAAUAUUUCUGUGGAGAAUUGGAAGGAACUCUACUGAAGUUCACAUCUGGAACACGUCUGCAAUUUGAAGAUAAAAAGACACACUGUAAUACAUCUGGAACUCCAAACAGAGGUUCACACAGCAACAAUAGAACAGGCGAAUACAACUGGAUUAUUCCCUUAAUAGCCUCUAAUAUAUUCUCGGUUAUUGUAAUCACACUUCUGCUUGGAGUUUUAUAUAAAAAUCACAGAAAAGAUGCUUCAUCAAGCAACCAUCAAAUUCCCACCAAUCAGACUUCUGAUGAUGAUGUAUUGAACUACGCAGCUGUGAGUUUUGCUAAAAAACCUUCAUCCUCCAGAACAUCCAGAGCCAAGAGCCAUGAAGACGUUUACGCUCAAGUUAAAAUUAAAUAA